AUGUUUCAGAGAUGCACACCCUAUCCAAGACUAUCCAAACAGUGGGAGCUGUCAAGGUAUUCAUCGGGCCAGAUACAUGGAGAUGCAGUGUACACGAUGAGGUAUAAAUACUUGCAUGAUCCAGAACUGGGAGCUGUCACAAACUUCAAUGGUCCAGUGCCUCCUCAGCAAGUUGCUUUUUCUGAAAACCAAGAUGUGCAAUGUAGCCUUUUUGAUUGCAAAAGGCAACGCCUCCAUGGUGAUGAUUACUGCUCUCAAUUUGACAGAGUGCUUGCAGCAUCUGUCCAGGAAUCAGGACUGCCAAUCAACUUGGCAGAUUGUUUCGAAGUGGGAGAGUUUCAGCAAGAUCAAAGGGACAAACCGCCGAAGUGGCUCUUUGUGAGCUCAUUUGACGUGCCUGACACGGAUCGGUUCAAGUGGAUCGGAAACAUGACAUUGAAGAAGUUGGAUAUAUUUGCUGUGGGCCACUAUUUGAACUGGCUCAGCUUCUCGCUUAUCGUAGAGGGGCAACAUGAUCCUAGCCAACACCUGGAAAAGAUUCCUGAUCCGGGCAUUCGCAAAGAUGAUUCUUCAUAUGAUUCAGUUAGAACCCGAAGCACGCCUAUCUGCUGA